GUUUUCUUCGAGUUUCUAUCGUGAGUGGGUGCAACGUGCAAAGCGAAGUUAUCGUUAUCGUUUCUAUUCUCAUCGAUCGUAUAGCUUAGCGUAGCCGUAAUGUCUCGCUUCUUGUUGCCAUUUGUCAAUACAUAGUAAAAGACAUAGAUUUAAAAGUAUUCAUUUUAUUGUUGAUCGUUUUAAAUAAAGGCAAAAUAUGUCGUCACCGUAUUAAGAACAAAAUCAAACAACGGCAAUAAGCCCAAAAAACCAAAAUAAUAAUCAAAACAUAUACGACAAAAGGAAAAAUCAAAUAUUACCGUAACAUUUUCGAUUGGUAUUUGGAUUACCGCUAUAGAGCAAGUGAUCGCAAUCUGUCAAGCGGAUGACAAUCGAUCGUGUAUGUGAUAGUGAAGCAUAUUGCCUGCUAAUCACAAUUCCUGCGGAUGAAAGGAUUAAUAAAAUAACCCUGCCAAAGUGCAACGUUUCGGGGUGAAUCAUUGCCAGAAUAUCUGUCCCGCUCCCGGGGGAUCUGCAAGAGAUCGCAAGAUCACCAUUCUUAUUCUUCUGAUCUGACAGAUGGACUCGUUCGUAUUCUCGUUUCUGUGAAUGGGACUGGCACUUCAUCUCCUUACGGCUGUCGGAGUUUGCAAUGUUUGGUGAUGCGAAGAUGAUAGCAUCAUUACAUUCGGGGAGAGAUGUCAUCUUGUUAAUUACCAACAUUCGAUAGUGCUUUCGUGAAGGAGUUUAUUAAGUCGCCCAGUGUUAACGAUCACCACGCUACCACCAUCGUCGUCGCCGGAGUCGUCGUCGUCGUGCCCUUUCUGUCGACCAUAGAUCCUCAUCCUUUGUCUUGUGUUAUUGUGUAGUUGGUUUGUGGGAUUUCCUGCUGCAGGGAGGUUUUCUGUCACUACUCUUGGUGGUAUUUUAUUGAUUGCAAUGUGUGUUUCAUUUUAUGGGCAUUCUUUAGCAAAAAUGAAGCACCAAAAAGAGUCUUAAGCCCUCUUUGAUUGUCAUAGAGAAGAGGGACUGUAAUAAGAUCACUUCAACUUGUUAUGAUCGUCUCUUCGCGUGUAAAGUGAAGAUUGAUGAGCAAAUUGUGGAAAGUUUUUUAAUUCUUCUCACACAAUACGAUUAAAGUUAAAUUAUUGUUAACGGUUUUUUAAAGUGUAAAAUAUAAUAACAACAAAAGCAAACAAGGAAUACCAGUGGUUUUUUUUAAAUAAAUAAAUAAAUAAAUAAAUAUCGUGAUUUCUUCAAAGCUUUCAAUAUUGUGAAAUAAAUUAUUCCGGAUGUUCAGUGCUCAACGGAAAAUAUAAAGUCUCAAAACAUGUCUCAAAGAAACCAUCAUUUCCCAGUGAUGGUCUUUCGCAAAUCAUUUCUUCUCGAUUUGCUUAGUUCGGACAGAAAUUCAGCUACAACAACGAGGAGAAGACGAAAGAAGCAUCAUUACCAUCAUCAUCAGAAUCAGAAUCAUCUUAAUGGUGAUCUUUCAGUUUCCAUUGGAUUAUUGUUAAUUUUGGUGGCUGUUGGUUCUUUGGAAACAAUUUCAGCCGCUGUUCGUGAUGGAAGAACUGCCUUGAUGCUGAGUUCUAAGAAUCAUUCGUCGGAUGUUGAGCGGGGUACUACAUCAGGUGCAUCAGCAUCUUCAAUAUCCGGAGUGAAAAUUAGUUCAGGAUGUCCGCCAUCAGCGAGCAGGAAUUGUUUGCGAUGCAGCAUCGAAGGAUGUAUAAAAUGUCCCAAUCCCAAUCUCCUAGUAACUGACACUCGGAAGUGUGUCGAAGUUUGUCCCUCAGGAUAUGCAGGGCAAUGGUCAUCGCACCCCGAUUUCAUGGGGCGUGUUUGCAUCCCAACUGGCAUCUCGGGUCCACUUUUAGCAGCUCUAGCUGGCUUAUUUGGAGGCUUCUUCGUUUGCCUAUCACUACUAGCAGUUGCUAUAGUUCUCAUAAAGCGAAAACGUCGACGAAAAACUAUCAAACAAAAACUUAUCAACGAAAAUACGAUGGACCGGUCGGAUUUCCUGCGACAGCUCAAUGAUAUGCGUCCGAAUGCUGAGUAUUUUCUAGGCAUGCUCAAUGACACUCGACGGCAGAUAAGAAAGUUAUAUCUGUCAGGUGAUGCCGCUGCCGCGAAUUCAUAUCGACCGAUUGUGAGAGAUCUCGCAAAAAUUCUUAUUCUUCUCAAUCGUCCCAUCGAACUCAUCCCAGCACCACCACACGAUUGGAAUCGAAUAUACGCAUGGUCCGAGCAAGCACUGGAUCGUUAUAAGCCCCAGGUGGGCCAGUUGAUAGACUUCUUCCAGUCAACCGGACAGAGUGAUGAGCAUCUGCGAAAUUCACCGUACAAACAAACCACUUUUAAGUCAUCGAACAAUCAUUCGAAUUCGCCACAAAAAAUGCAGCUCUUUGGUUCGCUAAUAAGUUUACAUGAAUUCGAAGAGCCACGGGCUUCAGAUCCGUUUGGCAGCAGCUUUAACACAUUAAAGGGCAACCUGAUAUCGGAUCUCAAUCAGAGCUCAUUAUGGCUAGAAGAUGAGUUUUUUAAACUUGGUUUUCGACCGCAAGACGAAAUUACGACUGAGCUGUAGUUUAAGUUAAUUUUAUUUUAUUUUUUCUCAGUCAAUUCAAUAAUAAUAAUUAUUAUUAUAUUAAUUAAUUUUAUUGAACUAUGUAUUUUGUAAAUAAAUAAUUAAUUUUGCACAUAAUAUAAUACUAUAUAUAAAAAGGCAGUUUUACUGUCGAACAAACUGUUGCAUAUACAAUAAUUAUGUAAGCUUAGAGUAAAAUUAAUUUGUUUGUUUUAAAUGAAUAUGAAAUAUGAAAUAUUUCUCAUUUAAUUUUCGAAAAUAAAUAUAUUUUUAUUUUAUGAUAACUAAAAUAAAGAGACAACUU